AUGCUCUCAAGGCUGCUGGGACUCCUCGUCCUGUCCUCCCUCUGCUCUGCCAUGCUGCUACCAAAUUUCACAAGAUCAUCCCUCAGUGAAGAGGAAGGCUCCACUUCUGAUCCCAACACCCACCACUGGCCUGAACCAGGCGAGGGGCAGAACGAGCCACCCGACACACUUCCCCCCUGGUCGCCUGAGGGACGCAGAGGCCCCCUGAUGAUGCCUCCAACAGGACCUCCGUGGCCAGACUAUGGCAACAUGUCUGAUGGUUCCAACCCCCUCAGGGUUUUUGGGAGCAGUGACCCAUCUAUACCUCCCAUCCCUGACAUGUCAAUCUGUGACUUGCUGUUCAGUGCGCCGGUGCCCCCACCCAUUGACCAGAUUCCAUUUUUUUGCAUCUGUUCACGCUGCAAAGGAACAGUGGGACCCAAAGGAGACCAUGGAGACCGAGGACCUCCAGGUAUACCUGGGAGCCCUGGAAGAAGAGGAUUGACUGGGUUUCCGGGUAACCGAGGGUUCACAGGCUCUCAGGGGAUAAAAGGUCAGAAGGGAGACAUGGGGGAGAAAGGAAUGUCUGGUGCAGCAGGUUUCACUGGGACAAAGGGAGACCGAGGGUUCAAAGGGGAUAAAGGGGACCAAGGAUCAAUUGGACCACCUGGUACAGCAGGCCCCCAGGGAGAGGCUGGCACAUGCCCUGCCACCUGUGAGAGUGUCCCGGGUGCACCUGGCACCCAAGGACCACCUGGACCAGCUGGAGCCCGCGGUCUGCCCGGUGUUGAGGGGGCUGUUGGACCCAAGGGCACCAAAGGUGACAGGGGUGAUAUGGGUUUGCCUGGCAACCCUGGUCGUGAUGGUGAUAAGGGUGCUCAAGGUCCACAGGGCUUGUGUCAGUGCAAAGAUGGAGCAAAUGGUACUAAUGGCACACCAGGAGUAAAGGGGGAUAAAGGGGACAGGGGUGAUAUUGGUGCCCAGGGUGUACAGGGCUCCAUGGGGUUAAAAGGCAACCAGGGUGAUAUGGGUCUUAUGGGGCCGCCUGGCCCCUGCUCCCCAGCCAUCCAGUCAGCAUUUUCCGCCUGUGUCAACCAGUCAUUCCCAGUUCACAACUUACCCAUUCCUUUCCCACGCAUCCUUACCAACCAGCAGUCUCACUUUCACCCAAGGGGCAUCUACACAGCUCCCGUCAACGGCACGUACAUCUUCUCUUUCGACCUGGCAGUUGCUUUGAAGCCACUUAAAGUCGGACUGUUCCGCAAUUUUUACCCUGUGAUCAAAACUACAGAAGCAACCAUCCCGUCCACCACCAGCCACCAGGUUGUCCUCCACCUCAGCAUGGGAGAUGAGGUAUGGCUGCAGGUGAAGGACCUUGACACCAACGGCAUUUACGCUGACACUGAAUACACCAGCACGUUCUCCGGGUAUCUGCUGCACCCCGACUCCUGUGAUGUACCUCUGGGUCGACAUCACGCCGCCCAUCAGGUACAACGCGGAGUCUACAGCUGGGAUGGCCCCCAGCCUACCCAGCCUCCCCAGCCUACCCAGCCUCCCCAGCCUACCGAACUUCCACCCAAUUAG